GCUGUCCGGACGCCGCUUAUAUCCCUCGCCGUCGCUAACUGGCUGCUCCUGAGCACUAUUGCUCUACGAAUAGCACAUAUGAUGCCGCUACAGCUGGUCUUCAGCCCCCCAGGACUCGGUCGCCUUCGAAAUACAGGCCCGCGUAUAUCACAGGAUACGCCAUCUAUGCGACAAGCCAUGUCCAGGAGGAUCGGCGUGCGUGGAACGAUUUGGUAGCACCCUAGAUAUAGGCGACCUUAAAAUCCGACUUCAUGGAUAGUAGGUCACGGUUGAUCAAUGACCUCGUCCACGCAGAUGUCAUUCGUUACGUCCGAAAUCUGGAUAAUAGGAGUGGUAACAAGACCCCGGAUUUCGACUACAUCCUCAGCCUUUUCCUCGGCAUGAUACGACACGAUCAACUAGACAGUUUUGUGGUCCGUAGAGAUAUCCGCCUUGCCAACUUUCAUCAACUGCUCCGCGAUCAGGGGAAUUUGAAGACGCUGGUUGUGGCACUACCCUUUACUGGACUUCCUACAAUGACGUCUUCGUCGCACUGGCUAUCCGAGCGCUCGGGUUGGCUUACCUCACGACUUGCAAGCCUCGACGAUUUGCGGCUUCGAUUCCCAACUCGCCAAGAUGAAUAUACUCAGGCUAUCGACCUAGCAGCAUUAUUGCUUAACAGCGCCCAGAAAGUGCAUGAGCUGCUUCUGGCGGGGGCCGAACCCGCGCUCAGUGGAAAGGGCUGUUCGCUCCUAUCCAAGGCCAGCCACAUCCUCGGGUCACCGCAAAGCUCAAACUCAAGAACUUAGUGCUCGAGCGACUUGACAUAUUGAAUCGAAGAUCCACAUUACCUGGGCUUCUAGACACAUCAGAGAUCGAAAGUUUGACUAUCAAUCGCUGCC